CCACGCGGCUUUUGCGGGUACAUUCCUAGCUCUCCAGCCCCGGGCGGAGGAGCGCCCUGGCUGAGUCCGCCAUCCUAGCUGGGCUCCGGGGUCCCGGCUGGUAGAAGGUAGGACCCAGGCCGCGGAGUACCCAGGCGAGCCGGGGUCCCUGUCCCGGGAGCUGGCCCGCGGAGGCUGCAGAGACAUGGAAAGGGAAGGAGAAGGACAGGGAGAGAAACAUGUGAGAAACAUCAAUUGGUUGCCUCUCAUAUGUGCACCAACCAGGGACUGACCUGCAACCCAGGCACAUGCCAUGACUGGGAAUCGAACCGGGACCUUUGGCUUGUGGGACCACGCCCAACCAACUGAGCCACACUGGCCAGGGCCAGAGUCUACAUUCUUUACAAGAACCUGCGUUGCCUCAGAUGGUGUUGUGGAGACACAGAAAGCAGAGUUGUCUCCAGGGUGCGGGUCUGGUUCAGAAUGAGGAAGAACUGCUGGCUUUGUCGGCAGUGAGCUCCCUGCCGCUGGAGGUUUCCAAAGCUAGCCUUGGAAGUGCUGGCAAUGCUAAUGAGGAGUGGGGACCAGAUCAGAUAACAUCCAGAUGGAAGGCCACAGGUAGAAAGCCCAGCGGGGGCCCCGUAAGCAGCAGGAAGAAGAUGCAGCAGCUGUUGGCCAUGUUGGGGGUCCUCCUGGGGGCGUCCUGGACUCCAGUGUUGUCCUUUGAAGCCUCUGAGGAAAUGGAGCUGGAGCCCUGCCUGGCCCCCAGCCUGGAGCAGCAAGAGCAGGAGCUGACUGUGACCCUGGGGCAGCCUGUGCAGUUGUGCUGUGGGAGGGGUGAGCGUGGUGGCCACUGGUACAAGGAGGGCAGCCGCCUGGCACCUGCUGGCCGGGUACGAGGCUGGAGAGGCCGCCUGGAGAUCGCCAGCUUCCUGCCCGAAGAUGCUGGCCACUACCUCUGCCUGGCACGAGGCUCCACACUGGUCCUGCACAACGUUACCUUGGCAGUGGAUGACUCCUUGACCUCCAGCAACAUUGAUGAGGACCCCAAGGCCCACAGCAGCCCUUCGAAUAGGCACGUUUACCCACAGCAUGCACCCUACUGGACACACCCCCAGCGCAUGGAGAAGAAACUGCAUGCAGUGCCUGCUGGGAACACCGUCAAGUUCCGCUGCCCAGCUGCUGGCAACCCCGUGCCCACCAUCCGCUGGCUCAAGGAUGGACAGGACUUCCACGGGGAGCAUCGCAUCGGAGGUGUUCGGCUGCGCCAUCAGCACUGGAGCCUGGUGAUGGAAAGCGUGGUGCCCUCGGAUCGUGGCACGUACACCUGCCUCGUGGAGAACCCACUGGGCAGCAUCCGCUACAGCUACCUGCUGGAUGUGCUGGAGCGGUCCCCGCACCGGCCCAUCCUGCAGGCGGGGCUCCCGGCCAACACCACAGCUGUGGCAGGCAGCGACGUGGAGCUGCUCUGCAAGGUGUACAGUGACGCCCAGCCCCACAUCCAGUGGUUGAAGCACAUCGUCAUCAAUGGCAGCAGCUUCGGGGCCGAUGGCUUCCCCUAUGUGCAAGUCUUGAAGACAACAGACAUCAACAGCUCAGAGGUAGAGGUCCUGUACCUUCGGAAUGUGUCUGCCGAGGACGCAGGCGAGUACACCUGUCUGGCAGGCAACUCCAUUGGCCUCUCCUACCAGUCGGCCUGGCUCACUGUGCUGCCAGAGGAGGGCCUCACCUGGACGGCAGCAGCACCCAAUGCCAGAUACACGGACAUCAUCCUGUAUGCGGCUGGCUCCCUGGCUUUAGCGGUGCUCCUGUUGUUGGCCGGCUUGUACCGUGGGCAGGUGCUCCACGGCCGGCGUGCCCGGCAGCCUGCUGCGGUGCAGAAGCUGUCCCAUUUCCCUCUGGCCCGACAGUUCUCCCUGGAGUCGGGCUCCUCGGCCAAGUCGAGCUCCUCCCUGGUGCGGGGCGUCCGUCUCUCCUCCAGUGGCCCCCCCUUGCUCGCCGGCCUUGUGAGCCUCGACCUCCCUCUGGACCCACUGUGGGAGUUCCCCCGGGACAGGUUGGUGCUAGGGAAGCCACUGGGCGAGGGCUGCUUCGGGCAGGUGGUGCGCGCAGAGGCCUUCGGCAUGGACCCAGCCCAGCCUGACCACGCCAGCACGGUGGCUGUCAAGAUGCUCAAGGACAACGCUUCUGACAAGGACUUGGCAGACCUGGUUUCUGAGAUGGAGGUGAUGAAGCUGAUUGGUCGACACAAAAAUAUUAUCAACCUGCUGGGUGUUUGCACCCAAGAAGGGCCCCUGUACGUGAUCGUGGAGUGUGCCGCGAAGGGCAACCUGAGGGAGUUUCUGCGGGCCCGGCGCCCCCCUGGCCCCGACCUCAGCCCCGACGGGCCUCGGAGCAGCGAGGGGCCACUGUCCUUCCCUGCCCUGGUCUCUUGCGCAUACCAGGUGGCUCGAGGCAUGCAGUACCUGGAGUCUCGGAAGUGUAUCCACCGGGACCUGGCUGCCCGCAAUGUGCUGGUGACAGAGGACAAUGUGAUGAAGAUCGCUGACUUUGGACUGGCCCGCGGUGUCCACCACAUUGACUACUACAAGAAAACCAGCAAUGGUCGUCUGCCUGUCAAGUGGAUGGCACCAGAGGCCCUGUUUGACCGGGUCUACACACACCAGAGCGACGUGUGGUCAUUUGGAAUCCUGCUGUGGGAGAUCUUCACCCUCGGGGGAUCCCCGUACCCCGGCAUCCCUGUGGAGGAGCUGUUCUCCCUGCUGCGGGAGGGGCACCGGAUGGACAGGCCCCCGAACUGCCCUCCAGAGCUGUAUGGGCUGAUGCGGGAGUGCUGGCACGCGGCGCCCUCUCAGCGGCCCACUUUCAAGCAGCUGGUGGAGGCGCUAGACAAGGUCCUGCUGGCCGUCUCUGAGGAGUACCUGGACCUCCGCCUGACCUUUGGACCCUAUGCCCCUGCCGGUGGGGAUGCCAGCAGCACCUGCUCUUCCAGUGACUCUGUCUUCAGCCACGACCCCCUGCCCCUGGGGCCCAGCUCCUGCCCCUUCCCUGGCAUGCAGAACCGAGGUGGGACAGGGGUCUGAGCCGGCAGGAGAGUCAGCAGCCUUGGGCCACCUGGCUCUGUUGCAACCCCAUGGUGCUUGACCUUGAUAGUCCCCCUCUGACUGCAGGGUGCCUUCCCAGAUCUCUACUUCUGCUUUGGGGAGGUCGGUCUUUGGUCCCGGGGUCCCUGGUGGAGGCUUCCAGCUCUGGCCUGGGGCUCCCAACCCAGUUUCCAAGCUGUCUCAAGGGCCCCUCGGCGUUCUCAUGUACUGGAUGCAGAGCUCUGCUUGGCCUCCUGGGCCUUGGUGCGUGGUCCCGGUUCCAGAGGUCAGCAGACCUGGCCAAAGGGCCACCCCAAACCUCCCUGCUCCCUACACCCAGAGAGCUCUUGGACCUCUGUACCCUCCCCUACCACCUGCCCCUUUGCUGCUUGCCCCAGCAUCUCGGUGGAGGGCACAUUGACCCCUGUGCUCUAGCUGAAGCAGGAAGCCUCCCCCAGACAGAAGCAAAUGGCCUUUAUAAAUUAUUUUUUGAAGUAAACA